UGUGUGUGUGUGUGUGUGUUAAUCAUAACCUGUGUGUCAUGUGUGCUUUCAGAGAGCCAGUGGAGAGAAUGUAACAGAGUAGCAGAGAGCACCUCCCCAGCUGAGACCAACAGCACUGGACAGGAACACAUAGAAAUACUGCGCCAGAUCUGCAGGACGCACCAGAGACCAAUGCUUAGUGCGAAAAUGAGCAUGGCAGACACGGUGCUGAAAGACAGCCACAACACCAGGGGGCAGUAUGAUGGGAGAGAGAAAGAAAGGUCACCAUCCCAUCAUGGAAAAGUCAGAGUCAACAACCCUGUAAGACAGAGUGAGGAGGAUGUUAAGGAGACCACGUCAACAGGAGCUGUCCCUGACAUGGCUGAGGAGGAGGGAGGAGGGGAGGGAGAGCGAGGAAAGGAAGAGUUGGAGAAGGAAGGGCAGGGGGUGGAUGAAGAGGAGGUGUUUGAGGAGAGUCCAGAAGAGGAGGUGCAGGUGGUAGAGUGGCCAGCGGGGGUUCCCCAAGCCUCAGCCAAAGACCUGGACAAACUGUCUCAAGUGGAGGAGAGCUCCUCAGCAGACGGCCUGGUGUCCAUUCUAAAGAGGAGGAGGGCAUCGUUAGAUGGCCUGCCCCCCGAGGGUCCCGAUGCAGCCAAACACAACUCCAUACGUAAGGUGCACUUCAGCCAGCCAGAGGACGGCAUGGAACCAGACGAGGUGGGCGGAGACUCGUGUUUGAUCCUGCUGUUGUUGUGCCUGGUAACCGUGGUGAUCAGUCUGGGCGGGACGGCUCUGUACUGCACCCUAGCGGACACAUACAGUAGCAUCUGCAUUGAUUUCUCUCACAACGUAGACUUUUACGUUGUGCACGUACAACGCUUCCUGGAUAGGCUCAGACACUGGAUGCCCAUAUGAUCAUAGUCAGGACUUAGUCUACUACUGCAGUCAGGACAUACAGUCAUUUACUGCUGCAGUCAGGACAUAGCAGUCAGGACAUACAGUCAUUG